AUGGGCUACAAAUGCUGUGCUGUGCUGUGCUCGCUUGCUGUGAUUCUGCUUUUGCUUUUCCCCUGUCUCCUCAUGGAGCCUCCCUUCCAGUCUCCCCACUCUGGAGUCGACUCAGGGUGUCGCCGUGUUUUGCGAGAGACUGGCAUGUGCCGACAUCACUCUCAGUCCAGCUUCCCUCCACAACCCCACUGCACCGGUCCUGGCAUGUGUUGGUGUCGCUCCAUCUCGAAACCCCAAAAUACGUCGAUAGCCCACUGGCUGUGCUUCGGAUCCGCCCCAUUGGGCAAAGCAGCUGACUGGUUGUACUUCCUGUACCUCUCCAUGUCCCGAAUCGAAUUAGGCGUAGAAGAUAAGUAG